AUGUCAAUUUAUUACUUGUUUGGACCAAAUAAAAUACGUUCAAGCGAGGUGUUUUUAAAGUCAAACUUAUGUUAUGGAUUCGUUAAUUUAAAACCAAUUUUACCAAUCCAUAAUUUACUUUUAAACAAUAGAUGUAUUAGUGGCACCAUAUCGUCAAGUCCCAAGGUUUGUGAUAUAAUGAUAAGUGCUCAAAAAAUUGGCAAAGUCAUCGAAAAGGAGUAUAAAAGUGAUUCUUUGACUAUAGCAAUUCAAGAUGGUCCAGCAGCUGGUCAAACGGUGUCACAUUGUCAUGUUCAUAUAAUACCUAGAAAAUUAGAAGCUGAAUAUUUAGGAAAAUUUUUUAUUGAUGAAAAUAGCAAUUAA